AUGCUACCCACAAAACGUAAUGCAGCAUCUGGAACAGAGCGUCUUGGAGUUGUCUUGCUUGCAGCAGGUUAUGGAACCCGUCUUCAACGAGAUAUUGGCAGCACGCCUUCUUUGUCGAUGCUGGCAGGGACGCCGAAACCUCUUCUCCCACUAUGCGGACAACCCAUCCUUUCGCAUUGGUUGUCACAGCUGCAAACCAUCCCUUCAAUAUCACAUAUUUUCGUCGUAACGAACGAAGCGCAUCUCCCGUUGUACCAACAAUGGAAGGCCGAGUUACCGGUACACCACCACUUGGGUGUUUCUAUUCUUUCAGACGGGUCCAUUGACAAUGCCUCAAGGCUGGGUGCUAUUAAGGAUAUCGCGAUUGGUCUCAAUUCUCUUAAGACGACAUCAGCGGACAAAGCACUGAUUAUUGCCUGUGAUACAAUACUACCGGAUAUUGACAUGUUAGACUAUGUCUCGAAGUUUGUAGAUGGUGAGCAUUCUGCGGCGACCUUUGCAUAUCCCCUCGCAGACAUGAACGACUGCGUACGACGCGGUAUGUUCAAAUUUCGCACGGAGCUGUCAGGAGAACUCAUUGCUGAGGCGGUUAUCGAAAAGCCGAAGAGCCCGGAACUGGCCCCGUCAAAUCUUGCUUCGGCGCCAAUCUACUUGCUUCGAAAAAACCUUUGGCAAACCCUGGGACAUUUCUCGGAAGAGCAAGAAAACUUGGGAGUGCCACUAGAGAAGCGUGAUGCACCGGGAUUCUGGUUAGCAUGGCUCGUCCCGAAGCAUUCAUGCAGAUUAUUUCAAGUGGUGCAAAGGAUUGAUAUAGGUUCUCUCCAACACUAUAAAGACGCACUCUGGGAUUUGACGCUUCCCAAAUCUGGCAUGCGGAGCAGUAAAGUGCCGCGAAGAGCAAAAUAUGAACCUGCUGUUGGACGUGCUUUUCCGCGAGCAGGUUUCCUCGGGAAUCCUUCGGACGGCUACGGCGGCAAGGUCAUUGCCUUUUCCUUAGCAUCAGAGGGCUACGCUGAGGUUGUAGCGACACCCCAUGACAGUUUUGCGGUGCGCUCCAACCCAAAGCAUGAGCAUUUGGAAAGCUACAACAGUCUUUCUCAGUUCUUAGAUCACGUGGACAACUUUGGUAUUCACUACGGAGCGCGCGUACUAGUUCUUGCUGCGUCUGCCAUGUUCGCAAGAGUGUACAAACAAUAUAUGCAAGAUCAAUCUGCUGCCGGAGAAGAGCAAGAUGGGAAGAAAGAUUCCUUCAGUUUGCUUCCAAAUUGUCAAUUAACAUACUCAACCUCCAUACCAGCGCGCAUCGGUUUAUCAGGUUCUUCUGCUUUUAUUCUUGCAACGCUACUGGCAUUGGCCAGAUAUCACGGCACUUCGCUCCCAGAAAUCAACCCAGAUAUCCACUUCUGGCCAAAAUUGAUGCGCUCUGCUGAAACGGAUUUGUUAGGUAUUGCAUGUGGGCUACAGGAUCGCGUGAUACAAUUGAUGCAGGGUUGUGUGACGAUGGAUUUCACAGGCAUGACGUCUGGGGAAGAGUGGAAAUGGCUGCCGGAUGGCUGCUUACCUGAGAUGUGGAUAGCGUACCGUGGAGAAGGGACAAUAGGGGAGGACUCUGGCAAAGUCCACAGCAAUUUACGAUCAAGAUACGACGCGAAGGAUUCUGAAGUUCUCGCUAUAGUCAAGGAGCUAUGCAGUUUGGUAGAUUCUGGUCAAAUCAUAUUGGAGCAAGGCGCGAAAGGGAACCGAGAGGUUUACAAAGAGCUGCCGCACCUCAUCAGCAAAAAUUUUCAGCUCCGAGUUGCUCUGGUCGGACCACAUGUUGUUGGCAAGCAAAACACGGACUUGGUUUCUAUUGCGAAGCAAGCAGGCUUGGCAGCAAAAAUGACAGGGAGCGGGGGUUGCGCUCUGUGUCUUCCAAAUCCGGUUCGCCAAUUGAGUGGCUCGGAGGUAGCAGGGGCCAAAGCAGUCUUCGAAAAACAUGAUAUGGUCCUCCACAAAGUAGAAGUACUCCCUCGAAGAGAAUGGCUACCGUAA